AUGGCCUCGCCGGAUUUACUGCAUUUUGGUGGCUCUUUUGAGAAGAGAAACGCCUUCCGUGGUGAAUUGUUGAGCUUGCAGACACCUGUGCAAGGAGGUAUCAAGACUAAUGGCUCUCUCAUCCGCUCCCACUCUGGGCCCAAUAUUGUCUCAGAGCAAAAGUCUGCUGGGAGUCCGAGAAGAGCCGUGAAUUUUACUCCAAGGAGUGUCACAAACCCUGACCACCUGGCCUCCAGAGCCGACUCCCACAGUUCUGGGUCACUGGCGCAAGAUGCCCAGGAAGAGGAUUAUGACAGCGAGGAAGACAACCAUUGUCUGGCAUUGUACUCCAAGUCUGUACCUUCAAACUUUGAUCAGGUUAGCAAAGCGACUGGAGAUACUUGUGUCGUAGAGGAAUACGAUGCUGAUGAAUCACCCAAUAAAAUGCUUCUCUCGGAGUGCCCCGAAUUCAUUCCCUACCUUAAUCCGCCAAGUCCUUCGAGGAGACCGGGCCAUCAUAACUUGCUUGGUGUUAAUGGCGACAGUAUUGAGGGGGAGGAGGUGAAUACUGACGACGAAAUAGUCUAUGGAUUUCGGUCUGUGGACUCCAAGCUUCAUGAAAAUGGCAAUGAAAAAUCAACGCAGGAUGCUGAUAAAAGCGAUUUACUCUGGGAAUUACUCGAAGCGCAAAUGGAAGCCGAAGCGGAAGCGGAAGAUAGACUGAUCCAUUCUUUGCGAAAGUCCAACAAAUCCGAACUAUCUAAAAGUAAAUCAGACUCUCUGAGAAAACCCCUGAUCCCACCCAAGGUAUGGUUACAAUUUUGA